CUAAAACUACGUGGAUGCAUACAUAGCGGUGUACUAUUUGCUCGGAGGUUUAACAAUAAUUUUAUUUAAGUUAUCAUUGUCAAUUAUGCCGGUACAUGUGGUGUGGAUAUACGGAUAUGGUUACAAGACCUGAAACUAUAUUGUGAAUACGAUCUGAUAAGAAUUGUAUACUCUUGUACGUAUAGACAGUGCUAGGUUUAGGUUAGGUUAUACAUCGUAGGAUAGAUUUGGUAUUUUUGUGAUUUGUCACGUGUUUUUUGGUGCUUGUAUAGAUUAAUUAAUUGAUAGGUUUUUUUUGUAGCAAAAACUUAAAAAUAAGGUUUGUUUGCUCAGAUGUACGGAAAUACGUCUGACGAGUCUUGUACCUUACUGCAUAGGCUUUACGGCCUUUGUUUCUCAGUGACUGUGACUUUGCCGUGUGGUGACAAUGUGUAGUGACAAUGUGUGGUGACCAAGUGUGGUGUUAAGUGCGGGAAUAUUUUCUUCGAACGUGGAACAUCUUGGGAUUGUUCUUGCAUAUCUUAUUUUGAGACGACUAACGGCAUUAAUAAUGGCUGGCGAGCAGCAACAGUUUUUUCUUAAAUGGAAUGAUUUCCAAUCUAAUAUGGUAUCGUCGUUUAAACACUUGCGGGAUGAGAAAAGUUUUACAGAUGUUACACUAGCUUGCGACGGUCAAACAUGCAAAGCUCACAAAAUGGUUCUCUCAGCUUGCAGUCCUUACUUCAAAUCUUUAUUAGAGGAAAAUCCGUCCAAACAUCCUAUCAUUAUUUUGAAGGACGUAGCCUACAGUCAUCUUCAAGCUAUUCUUGAGUUUAUGUAUGCAGGAGAAGUAAACGUUUCACAGGAUCAACUACCAGCAUUUUUGAAAACUGCUGACCGACUCAAAGUUAAAGGCCUGGCUGAGGCUCCUGGUGCCAUUAAGAGGGAGGGAUAAGUCUACGCACCUUUAGUUAUGGUGUUUUGGGAAGCGUGCAGACUGAAAACAAUUGUAAUGUUGUAAAGUGAUUACGUAGACACAUAACGCCACACAAUAUACAAAAACACAUACAGACACACAUAAGAAAUAAAAAACGUGUACAAUAACACAAGACUAUACGUGCACAGUGUCCUCCGGUUCAUGACUAGGAUCAACACAAACAGUUAUGUAAAUUACGACAUUUUUCUUAAUUACAAUUAACGUGGACGUUGUAUUGAAUCAUAUACAAGUACAGUAGAGACUAAAUGUUGAUGUUUGUCUUGAACCCAAUACGCCACUAUACUACAACCGACACUGAUUAUUUUUUUAAAAAUGGAGUGCUGCAGUGUUACGAACGAAUAAGUGGGUCACGAAUAGUUUAAUAUACACACACUGACCGGGGCUAUUUUGUAGAUCGAUUGGAAAUACCAUCAACUUAUUCAUUAUUUUGUCUAAAAUUCGAGAAAAAAAAACGUUCACCAUCAAUUUCUGUUCCACAGUCAGUUGAGCCAUGAAACCACUAAACGAGGCCGACUGAUCUCAUUCGUUCGAAACCUAACCUAACAAUAUACAGUUAUAAUUUUUCAAAAUAUUCUCUAAUUUUUUAUAUAUAAAAAAAACAGACGCUUCAAUAGAUUUUACAAAAUUCACACGUCACAGACUAAUCGUCUUAUCAUGAUGGAUCGUACGAUGAGUGACAGAUUGUGCCUCGUGACGUCAUUAGAUUUGCAAAAAUCCCCGGCCAUCAGAUCGAAGAGCGUGGAAUUGCGUUUUCUUAAAUUUUGACAAGCAUAACGCUACGUCAAACUGCCACGGUAACGAUCAUUAUUGCCUACCAAUUAGUUGCGCAAUUUUCAUUGUCCUAAUAAUGAAUUAAAAAAAAAAAAGAAAAAGACAAAGUGUGGCGAGUCGAGACAAACACUGACAAUUUAACAUACACGGCAAUAUGGCAUCGCGUUUAUUUCCACUUGAGCGAUCGCAAUUCCACUGAACCAAAUACUGCCAGUAUUUGUACAUACAGGCGUAUUCACAUUAUUACCGAUAGACCAAACUUAUUUAUGAUAAUAAUAUAUUGAGGGUGGGCUCGUCCCGGGCCGAGGGAUGAAUUAUUGUAACAUAAAAGUAAAAAGAAAAAAAAAAAAAGAAAGGACAAUUUUUGUAAGGCCGGAGCGCACAGUUCCUUUUUUUAAACUCCUCUCGAAACGGCAUACGGCCGCCCUCACAUUUAUUAGGGAGUUCUUAAUGGCGGCGACGAGAGUCAGGAAACAAUUGUGACGUGAUAAGAAGACACGAGGGAACUCCGUGCGACAUUGAACGGUUACAAUUAAUAAGUAUUUUAUGUAA